GACGGAGCGAGAGCGCCGCGUUCGCCCCCCGCCGCCACCAUGUUCCGCGUCAUGGUCAGCCACGCCAAGAAGCACCCGAGCUUGAUUCCUCUGUUUUUGAUCAUUGGAUCUGGAGGUGUUGGCGCAGCCCUGUACGUCAUGCGCUUGGCAAUGUUCAACCCGGAGGUCUGUUGGGACAAAAAAAAUAAUCCAGAACCUUGGAACAAGUUGGCCCCCAAUGACCAAUAUAAGUUCUACUCGGUUAAUGUAGAUUACAGUAAACUGAAAAAGGACCGCCCUGACUUCUGAACAACAUUCUUUUCUCCAUAAGCUGCACAGAAAGGUCUUCCGGAAGCCGUCCGCACAAUUACCAUGCUUAAUCAUCCAGGAAAUAAUUAAGUU